AUGGCUCUUGAGCGCGAUAUAUUCGGCUCGUAUGUAAAACAACUCGGAAAAUCCAUAACGGCCGCGGAAAACCCUUUUAAUAUACGCCACGUAAAUAGAGGCGAGCGGGCGCGGCGUGCGGUGCGGGCGGCGCGGGACGCGGGGGCGGCGGCCAGCGGCGGCGGGCGGGCGCGGGGGGCGGGGGCGCGCGCUCAUUGGCGGAGGAGGGCCCGCCCCCGCGCGCGCUCCGGAAAAAAACCUCGGAAAAAAGCGGUGAGCGCGCGGCAGUGCCUCACGGACGCGCUCGGUGGGCGGACGCUCGGCCGCUCGGAGAGACGGCGCGACCCACGACCGGCGGCCGCGGCCGCGCCAUGCCCGCGCUGGCCCUGCGCGACCAGCCGCUCGACUGCUCCAUGCGCCUGCGCGACGCGCCUGCCUGGCCGCCACCGCGCGCCCAGCGCCACCACGGUCAGUCUUCACCACCACCGCCCCGACCACCGCCUGACCGUCACCAGACCACACUCUGACCGCGCGCCACCACGCCGCAGUGUGACCGCUCUGCGCGCGCCUGUUGGUCUCCACAGA